AUGAAGCAUAGGUUAAGGCAAGAUGCACAGCUUAGUGGUUUUGUGGCGAAUGAUGAGAAAAGCCAAUGGGUGCCAGUCCAGUCAGGGGAGUUGCUGGGUGAUGUUUUGAAUCUACAGAUGGGGACAUUGCAGGUUCUGCAAAAGAGGGUGGAUGCUUUUCUUCAUGUUCUGCAGGAUGUUCUAGCUACUGUUUUUUUUUCUGCUUGGAAGGUAGCACGUUAUACAGUGCUCCUGGCUUCUAUAAGUUUGGUGCUGGGUCCAGUAGUACGCCUGUUGGCACGGAGUUUAUAUCAUGAUAUUCUGCACGUAGUAUCUGCAGACACACAGAAGAAAGUUCUUUUCUGGCAGUAGAAUUUUCAUAAUGCAGGUUACCCUAUUUGGUCGCCUAGCCCAAAACACGAGGUUUUGACCUACUCAGAUGCCAGUGACUUAGGAUGGAGUGGAUGUGCUGUGCAACUUGGACGACGGGCCGCAGUGGGGAACUGGUCAGUCGAAGAGAGUAAAAUGAGCUCCACUUUCAGGGAACUUAGCCUUGUCUUGCAAUCCUUUGCUCCUCAGCUGCAAGGGACGGAGUUUCUGCACGGGACUGAUAACAUGUUGUGA